CGCCAUUACUGUGUAAAGAGAACUUAACAUAAAUUUUUUUUGAGCGGGAAAACCAGCCGGUUGUCACUUGUUUAAAAAAUGUGUGCAGCCAUUGGACAGAAUAUCCACGUCACACUGCGACCUAAAUGCAACAGCCAAUGAAACGCCUCUACAGGCCCUCUUCACUGUAGUGGGAGAGCUUAAAAAGAGACAGCUCUGCGUCAACAACUACAUUUCUCUUUAGCAAUAAAGAGUAAGCUAGCAGUUCACUGACAAUGGCAAGAACCAAGCAGACCGCCCGUAAGUCCACUGGAGGCAAAGCUCCGAGGAAGCAGCUCGCCACCAAAGCAGCCCGGAAGAGCGCUCCAGCCACCGGUGGCGUCAAGAAACCUCAUCGCUACAGGCCCGGCACCGUGGCUCUGCGAGAAAUCCGCCGUUAUCAGAAGUCCACUGAGCUGCUGAUCCGCAAACUGCCCUUUCAGCGCCUGGUCCGAGAAAUCGCCCAGGACUUCAAGACAGAUCUGCGCUUCCAGAGCUCCGCUGUCAUGGCUCUGCAGGAGGCCAGCGAGGCUUAUCUGGUCGGUCUGUUCGAGGACACCAAUCUGUGCGCCAUCCACGCCAAGAGGGUCACCAUCAUGCCCAAGGACAUCCAGCUAGCCCGCCGCAUCCGUGGAGAGCGCGCUUAAGCUUAAUCCGACACAUUAAAACCCAAAGGCUCUUUUAAGAGCCACUUCCAUGUCUUUAAGGGACUAUUUUCACCAACAACUUCUAAACGUAAAAGCAGGCUUAAUAAGAGCUAAGUAUUUAGUUUCAACUAUGUUGAUAAUAGCUUUUUAUUGGUGAACAGUUUGUGUGGUUGAGUAAAUAAUUAGUGUUUUCAACAUAUUAUCUUCUAGUGCAGAACUAACUAAUGUUUGGUGUCCGUAUAUAUUGGGAGAACGGUACACUAUCAGGUGGUAAAAGACAAACUGGAAACAUUCUUUUAGGGAGAGAUGCCUGCAUAUGGUACCUAGUUCAAAGACAUGCGCUAUGUGUGUGAAUGACAGUAUGGAUGUUUCCCAGCACUGGGUUGCAGCUUUUGGCAUCAGCUGUGUAAAACAUGGUGUGUAGGUUGACGAUUCGUCAGUGCCUCAUCAGCAGACAUGAAGUUUGUGUCUAAAUUUCCAAUAAUUGUCCAACACCAUUCAUUUAUAUGCACUGAUAUCUCACCUUUGACGAUUAGAAUAAAGGGGUGGAUUUUCUGAUGGAUGUCGGUUUACGGAUGAAAUGCAAAUUAUUUCAUAUGACUUCAUUGUCAUUAUUAAUGAUGUUGAGUUUAAGGGCCUGGAUCAGGGAUCACCAAUCUCAAUCCUGGAGGUCCGGUGCCCUGCAGGGUUUA